AUGUCAGAGGCUCUGCCUUACCCUCCUUUCCCUCCAGAUCCAAAUUCUUCUCAGUCUGCUGAAGUGGAGAUGAUUGAUUCUCCAAUCAUUCAAGGUUUUAAUUCUACAGGCGGUGGUGGUGCAGCUCCGCCAACUUUUCCGACCUCAAGCUCUUUGGGGUGUGGCUCUGGUUUUAAUUGGGCUAAGAACCUUAGCUCUACUAGUAAGAUUCCCGAAUCUGCAGUUCCAGUGACGAUUUCGGAUUCAGGCAGACCUCGGGUCAAAGUAUCGAAUGAAGUCUUUCAGCGCGGAGCAAAGCUUCACAGUGAUUAUGUAGUUGGUAUCUUCUAUGGGAAACCACCCUCCUAUGGAAAGAUUUGGGGUGUCCUUAAUUACCUAUGGGGAAAGGAUAAACGAGUGGCAAUUCACAAUCUGACAAAGAACGCUUUCCUUUUUCACAUUCCAUCUCCAUCUCUUCGAAGAAAAAUCUUGCAACAUGAGCUAUGGAGGGUUGGGGACUCCCCCUUUUUGGUCACUGAGUGGCGUUCAAAGUUUAGUUUCAAUCCACCAUCUCUUGACCGAGCUCCGGUUUGGGCAUCAAUUAAAGGUAUCCCUUUCGAUCUAAUUACACCGGAAGGCUUGGGGAUCGUUUGUCGUUCAUUGGGUAGAGCGGUGGAUCACAAACCUUUUACAAGUAUCAAUUCAGCUGAGGUAAAAGUCGUGGUGGAUCUGACAAAACCACUUCCUCCUGAAGUGGAGUUGGAAAGAGAUGAUGGUAAGAUUUUAGUCCUUCAAGUGACUUAUCCAUGGCUUCCUCCUUCAUGCUCUCUUUGUGGUGAAAUUGGCCAUAAGGACACUCUCUGCCCUCGUGUCUAUGGUCCGGAAAACAAGCCCCGUGAUUAUGGCUCCGAUAAUAAGAAGCGAUCCCAAGUGAAGCCCCGUUCUGGAGCUCCUCCUCAUGAGCAUUCUCAGAUUCCAAAGAAGGAGAUCAUUUCCAGUAAGCAAGCUAUUUGGAAGCCAGUGGAUCUGCCUCCAAAAGAUUCACCUUCUAUGGACGAAUAA